AUGAAAGGACCGCUCUACUCAUUGCUAAUUGGUUUUGAGUUGGAUGCCUCGGACUUUAACAACAAUGAUAUUAGAACCCCUUUUAGUCUACUUGAUGGUCGGACUUUGUGUGAAAUACUGGUCCGACUCCCGGUGAAGUCAUUAUUGCAGGUGAAGCGUGUUUGUAAACAUUGGCGUACUGUAGUUCAAGAUCCAUACUUUGUUGGUUUACACUACAUUCGAUCAAAAGCUUGUCCAAAACUCCUUAUUUUUGUUAGCAGGAACAUUGGGAGGCUUUUGUUUUCAGUGGACUUGGUUGAGGGCGGAGUGCUUGUAGAUCAGAUGAAAGUUGAGUUACCUUGUGAUCAUGAUCCAGUUCAAAUUCUGAAUCCUGUCAACGGUUUGGUGUGUUUCAUAGAUUUUAUGGGUAAGGUUCUCAUUUACAACCCUAGAACCAGAGACAAAACUAACUGGAUUGGAUCAAGGGUGUGGGAAGAAGAGAAAAGAAGAAAUAGCCCAAUUUAUGGAUUUGGAUUUGAUUCCAAUACUAAGGAACACAAAGUGGUUUGUUUAUGGCAAUCAACCGGUGUUGGAUAUAAAAUUGGUGCUAAUGAUGUUUGCGAGGUCUUGACUAUAGGGCAAAAUACAUGGAGAAAGAUCGAUGACAUCCCACCUUACAAGGCGCACGGAGAACUUGUUUAUGUGAAUGGAGCAGUGUAUUGGCUGAGUACUUACAACUAUUUCGAUGUGUCAACUUGUGUUGAUGCUAAAUCCAUAGUAGCAUUUGACGUUGGAAGGGAGUGUUAG